ACACACCCCAAAGCUUCAAAAACUCUGGUUUGCUGCUGUUUAAAUAGUAACUAUUUCAACUCUGACGAUUUCAAACCUGACGCUUCCAUAUGCAGCUGGGGGAGAAUUAUAUGCAGGGAAAGAAGCGCUGCAGUACUAUGUGUAUUGCAUGGUUGUGUUGCAGCAAAUGCAAAACAGACAGCGAUGAACCUCCUCUGCCAUGCGAAACAAGAAGGUGCUCCGGAGCUGCCUAUAAUGAUGGUGCAUGUAGUUUGGUUCUCUUAGUGGUGCGAUCUUAAGAACAUUCCAGAUUGUCAGGCUGAGCGAAUUUGGGCUGUUAAUGCUGUCUAAAAAAAUUUGAAUCUAAAUAGUGUACUGCUCCACUGCAGCGCUUUUUUCUUGUGAUCAAGAAUUUUGCCGAGGAUGAAAUGCCCGGUUCGUCGCAGUCCGAAGACCAAUACAGUGACGAAAACGUCAAUGUGUACUGGUGACGAGGAUCACGAUCGCGAUGCUUCGAUCACAAAAAGUCGUGUAAAAAAAUCUUUGAGCUGCAGAAGAUGGUGAUAGAUUCUGCAAUCUACUUGAAUCAUGAGCCGAUGCACCAAAAAAUCCUUUCCACCAACGCCAGACCUUGGUCGUCGUCCUUGUGUGGAUACGACAUUUGGAAAACAAAUGCUCAUGUUCAUCCACGCGGUCAUUUGGAAAUCACACAGUCGUGGUUAUUCGAUAGGGGAAGCACGACCGCCAGCGCAAUCUUGAUCUUUUACUUCAUCUCAAAGUAGGUCGACCAUCUCCAAGGUCCACAGGCGGAACCGAUGAAAAGAUCUCUUUCAUCUGUCGCGGCGCUAGAAGCAAUCGCUUCCAGCAGUGUCAGGUGGUCACCGAAAGGAGCUACAGUGGGAGCUAGAUGAGAUCUUCAGCACCAGAAUGAAGAUCAAACAACAGGAGAUCUUGAUGUUGGUUGAUAAAAAUGCCGGGCUUUGUCAUAACCA